AUGGUGCCUGACCACUUGAUACAGGCAGCGCCAGACGCCGCUUUCCGCCAUGACGCCCUCAAGUUAGAAGACCCGUCCCUCGAGCAGGUCAUAGAACUAGCCUAUAAGUUCGAAAUUUCUACAGCCGCCGAUCGUCGACUGGAGUCUUGGGCAGAUGUAGCUGCAAUCCGUGACGACGACAUGACGGACACCGAAGACGUCGCAGCAAUCCAGGGCUUAACAUCGCGCUCCUCCCGCCGCCGCGGUCGGAGACCGCCUCCACAACAAGACACAGAGUCGCACCAUCCUGGCCGGAGCCAGAAGCCACUGCAGCAACAACCCAACCAGCAACGUCGUCGGCAUCAGUCGCCGCCACCAGCACCACCAACACAGCAGCCGCAGCUGAAGGACCAGCUUCCCGGCCCCUCUUCGGCGCCUCCCCAACAGCCAAUGGCCACCGAUGAAGAUGAACCGAUGCCACUGGUCCCACCCAUGCCGCCAUCGCAACCAAGGUCGCCUCACAGACACAGGGAAAGUAGGAGUACUCCGCCGACCUCCGCCGGCUUUAUAAGGCCAACGCAGCAGCAGUACAGCCAGUUCCUCGCCGAGCUAGGACCAACUCUGACGGACCUCACCGACGCUGUUGAUGAAUAG